AUGGCGCCGUCAAGCCUGUUCCCGCGCUUCAGAUCAUCAACAUCAUCAUGGGCGUGGUGGGACUGGCGUGGGAGUGGGCCCGUUGGUUUCCUCGCCGGCUCUGGCCUACACCGAUCCAUCGAAGCCCGCCUGAUCAUCUAUCCCAUCAGCGCUCUCGUCGCGCUCUUGAUUUACCAAGGCACCAACGCCGGUCUUUACUACAUCAUCGGCAUGAUGGCAUACUUCUGGGCCUACAGCGAAGGCGAGGUUGUCUGCCCCGAGCCAUGGACCCUCCCCAAGCGUGGCUCGACGCGUCGUGGUGUAUAG